AUUUUUUUGGACAGGAUGGAUGAAGAUGAAUUUACAGAUUAUCUCAUUCAGCUGACCAUUGAAGAGUCUUGUCACGAGGCAUUUGCAAUAUCGAAAAAUGGCUUCACCAGUGAUGAGAAUACGAAACUGCUGGCAGCAAUCGAGACAGGUGAUACUGCAGUCAUACGUGAGCUCAGGCAGUUUCCCAUGGCCUUCAAGGAAGUGGACAGUAGAGGAUUUCUACCACUCCACCGAGCCGCCAUGCAACCAUCAGGGAAAGUACUGGAGACAAUUCUGGUCUCCAUCAAGCCAAACUUGGAGGAGAAAGGUAGGAAUGGAGAGACUGCCUUGACAUUAGCAGUUCAAGCUGGACUGGAGGAGAAUGUCAGGAUCCUUCUGGAACAUGGAGCACAACCACAUAACCCCAACAGCAAAAAGGAAUCUCCACUUCUGCUGGCUGUAAGAGUCCGAUCUUAUCAAAUGGUGUACGCUCUCAUUGCACAUGGAGCUGCAGUGGAUCACGAAUGUUCUAAGAGGUGGAUGGCACUGCAUGAAGCAGCCCAGGUGGGAUGCGUUGACAUCUUAAUGCUGCUGCUGAGACAUGGCGGCCAAGUGUCAGUGAGGGAUUGUAAUGGAGGGACACCGCUGAGUGUAGCAGCAGAAUGGGCCAAUCUUGAAGUCCUCCAAGUUCUCAUUGAUAUUGGAGCUGAUGUGAAUGCGCAGUCCUGUAAGGGUGAAAGUGUGUUGAUGGAUGCAGCUGGUUCUGGAAACCCAGACUGUGUGGAUCUUCUGCUUGAACAUGGAGCCUCACCAAACUUGCCCAGUUUGACCGGGCAUCUUCCUAUUCAUCGUGCAGCCUUCGAGGGUCACUAUCUUGUGUUAAAAAUACUGAUAUCUGUCACAAGCAAGAAGGCUCUCGUACAGUCUGGUCAGAGUCCAGUUCACUUUGCUGCAGAUGGAGGUCAUGUGCAGUGCCUGCAGCUCCUGGUUGACAGUGGUUUUGAUGUGAACGCUCAACUUGACCAAACCAUCUCUGACAACCACAGUGACAUGCGUAGGAGCGCCCUUUACUUUGCCGUCUCAAAUGGAGAUGUAACUUGCACAGAGAUGCUGUUGAAUGCUGGAGCCAAGCCUGAUCUGGAUCCCCUGCAGUGCCUUCUAGUGGCGGUGAGAGCUAGGAUGUACGAGAUUGUCAGGAUUCUCCUGGCCAACCAAGCAGAUGUGAACUGUUACUUCACUGAGGUCAACAACACCGUGUUUCCCACUGCCUUACAAUACUGCCUGAAGGAUGAGCAGAUGAUCCGAUUACUUCUGAAUAAUGGAUAUGAUGUAGACAAAUGUUUCCACUGUCACCAUGAUUUCCAUUUCAACAUGGGGUUGGUUUGGAAUGACAUACAUCUACAUGAACAAUGUUGUGUCAUCUGUGAUGGUGAAGACAAAAUACCUUUCUGUGACUUCAUGAGUUUGUGCUGCCUGGUUGGCCUGUCUGGACGAGUGGUACUGAUCCUGCUGGACUAUGUCAUCUGCGUCCCCCUCUGCUCACGGCUGAUAUCCAUCCUGGAGAAGCAAAAGGAGUGGCCAGAGAUAUGCACCAUCUUGAACAACCCACGAUCCCUGAAGCACCUCUGUCGUCUGGAAAUCAGAAAACACAUGACCAUUAAAAGACUCCGUAAUACAAUUAUAAUGGAUUCUUUUCCACCUCUGAUUAAAAAUUACCUGCUGUACAAGGAAUAAGAUCUGACUUGAUCAGUACAAAUGUAACAAUUAAUUUAAGUUUUCUUGUCUGAAAUGUUCUGUCACUGAAUAUUAUAUAUUGUACAUGUAAUGUAUAAUCUUAUUGUCAGUUAUAUAAAAUGUUAAUUGAUAAAAAAAUUUGUACACAUAAUAACUGUUUGGAUACUAAUUUGAGCUGAAUAGAUUAAGUAUUAGAUCACAAAUAGCAUAUUAUAAUGUUAAUUGUAUUCAUGCAACAUGGCGAAUCCUACAGUGAUUAAAAUGAUUUUUUAUCUGUCUGGGAUGCUAAAUAAAGUUUCAUAUGUCAGUUUGACAGAGUCAGUGUGCUAUUAUCAAGGUUUCUUCUGCUGUGCUGUAAUUUAUUCUUUGUUUCAUCUUCUAAACUUCUUCUAGAUGCUUUUGAGUCAUAAUAAAAAUAUUUUGUUCUCCCUUCAA